CCACACUUCUGUUCGACGCAAUGCCGCCGAAGAAGAAGAAGAAGGGCAAGGGAAAAGGCAGCGCGAAGAAAAACGACCAAGCGAGCGCCGGAAAACGAGACAAAUCGGCCGCUUCGGUCGCGCUCACGGAACUAUCGAAAGAAUUCUAUCUUGUACAGAUCAAGGACCUCGAACAGAGACUUCAUCGCUACCAGACGAAAUGCGACGAACUGGAAAUCGUUAACCACGAUGUUGUCGAGAACUCUGACAAGCUCAAGAAGGACCGUGAUGACUUAGUGAACUUGUUGCAGUCACAGCUGGACGAACGCGCUGAGCGAAUUGCCGACCUGCAGGAGAUGCAUUCGGAAACGGAACGGCAACUUGCCAGCGAGCAGAAAGAGCACGAGGCGAAGAUGCAAGCGAUGCGGUCGUCGGCGCAAGAGAGAGAGGACCAGCUGAAGGCGGAAGUCGCCAUCUUGACGGCUGAGUUGGAGAGCGUGCAGGAUUUCAAGGAGACGAAAGAGAAGAUGGAGGCGGAGUUGUUGGGCUUGAAAUGCCAACUGACAGAGAAUGAGCGUUUGCAUCAAGAUGUGUUGUAUCAGCUGGAGAGAAAGGCUGUGCAGGACAUGAAUCGGUUGAAGAAGGAGAUGGAAAAGCGCGUGAGUGACGUCGCCGCUGAGUUUCGCAAAGUGUCCAAUCGUCAGAUGGCAGAGACGACGAAGCGGGCAAUUCGAGAGAACGUGGCAAUUUCAUCGCAGUUAGGGAAGAUGUCGGAUAAGACGAUGGAGUUGGUGCACGAUAACGAUGAGAUGAAGAAAAAGGAGAAGGAGUAUAGGAUGAGGAUUGGAAUUUUGGAGGCGAGUGAGAAGGAGCUGGCUAAGAAGCAUUUGAGCAGUGAGCGAAUUGUCCAGAUGAUGGUAGAUAAAGCAACCAAACAAGAAAAGCUCUUAGAGGAAUACAUGACCAGAGAAGCAGAGUGGGUAGUAACCGAGACAGAGGUGGCUAGAGUUGCUGAAGACGCAGAGGCUGCUCAUCAUCAAUUAGAGAUGAUGCAAGGACAACUUCUCAAACGUGAAGAAGAACUGAAACAGCUAAACUCGCAUCUCACUGAUACGAAAGAUCAGAACCAGCAACUGAUAGACGUUCUAGCACAGACAGCAGAGACCGUUCAGUCUGCUCUGAAGAUAUCAUCAUCUGACUCAGAAGUCCCAUUACAUGAAGCACACUAUGCCAGAGACAACAUGUUGUCUUCCCUGCUUGGCCUCCUCGACUCAGCAGCAGCAUCAGGCAUCAUUCUAGGUCCAGCACAUCUUAGCUCAGACAAACGCACAAGUCCAAGACACGAAGGAAAGAUUAAACGACAACAACAGAGGCCUCCAUCUCGCCCUGGUCACACCAUUACUUCACAUUACCUUCCCGGAGAUCUUGGUAUCAUUCCCAAGGUGCCGAAGUCUCUAGGUCCAGUGAGAAACAGACAGACCAGAACAGUAGGGGUACAAACAACAGCCACAGGCAAACCUCUUGUGAUUAGUACGGAGAAACUAAAGAAAGAUAUGUUGCAGAAAACACUGCCUAGCAUUGGGUCAGCGGUCAGUAUUGGCAAGAGAUUUUGAAAGAUAUCUGAUGUGUAUAAUACAUUGUAGCUAUUUAUUGGAUUUGAAGCUAAUGAAUGUAUACUAAUGUGCUAUGUAUGUAAAUAUUGCUCAGUUGGAAAUUAAAUUAAGCAGUUUCUGUGGCAGCAUAGUACAUGAGC